AUGUCGUCGAGCAAACAAACUGACAUUUUACGCGCCAUCAAGGCCCUCCGCAGAUCGAUCAAGGGAGAGGAGAAGGCGAAGGCUCAUGUCUCAAUCGGCCCCAAAUCUGCUGUCGCAAUAGUGCCGCCGAAAAAGGUAAUUCGAGCGCUCUAUGACUACGAAGCCCGAACCAGCCAAGAACUCAGCUUUUCGCGCGGCGACUUUUUCCACGUUAUCGGUCGAGAGAAUGACCCCGACUGGUACGAGGCCUGCAAUCCCGCUUUACCUGACGCUCGUGGCCUUGUUCCAGUGAGCUUCUUCAAGGCUCUGGGCCGUACAGAACGCGACAGCGCAAGCUCGGACACAAGUCGACCGUCUCCCGGUGCCACCAACAACCCCGAUCACGAUUCCGGGUAUGCCGAAACAUCUGCCUCGAGCGUAACACCCACGCAAACGGCAAGUCAACGAAGUUCCAAGAUGUCUGCUGCGGGGAAGAACGGGGCUAUGGUGUACGGCAUAGUCAUGUACGACUUCCAGGCCGAAAGAGCGGACGAGCUGGAGGCCAAGGCUGGAGAGGCGAUUAUCGUAAUCGCGCAAUCAAAUCCCGAGUGGUUUGUGGCGAAACCAAUAGGGCGACUAGGCGGUCCCGGUCUGAUUCCAGUCUCUUUUAUCGAGAUUCGCGACAUGGCAACAAACACCCCAGUCCCCGAUCCUCAAGGUGCAAUCAGGAGAGCGGGAAUACCGAGGGUAGAAGAAUGGAAGAAAAUGGCCGCCGAGUACAAGAACAGCAGCAUUACGUUGGGCAAGUUCGAGGCAGGAGGGGCCCCAGGCCAGCAGCAGGCUCUUGAGCAAGGCAUGGAGCGCAUGAGCCUUCAGCAGGGUACCGGUCGUAUGAGCCAAGGCAAUGCACAGCAGCCUCAAAGCAACCGAAACACACAGAGCCAGCAACCCACCAUGGCCAAUCCUCAGGUUUCAAGCCCUGGAGGACAGUUACACGCCCCUAUCUCCGCACGCAUCCCCCGCUACUGCUUUGCCGAAGACAAAUACUGGUUUGUGAUCGAGGCCGCGCUAGAGGAUGGUCGACAUUGGGAGCUGUCGCGAUACUACGAAGACUUUUACGACUUCCAGAUUGCACUUCUGACCGAAUUCCCGGCCGAGGCAGGAAACACUGGCACACAAAAGCGGACAUUGCCCUAUAUGCCAGGUCCUGUCAACUACGUCACCGAUGCUAUCACGGAAGGUCGGCUUCACAACUUGGAUGCCUACGUGAAAAAUCUCUUGAGCCAGCCACCUUACAUCUCGAGGUGUAACCUGGUCAAGCAAUUCUUCGCGCCUAGGGAAGGAGACUACGAGAUUGAUCCGACCCCGACAGGCGAGGAGGACUACCGACUGUCCGGCGGCUCCCACCAUUCGUCUCAAGGCACACCACCGGACGUCGUGUCAGAACAAUCAUCGAGGAACAAUCUUAAUGGAAAUGGAUACGUUGCAGCACCUGGUUCAAGAGGACCCAACGGCGUCCCACGCCAGUCGUCAUCUCUCUCUCAACCGUCUCAGAAUUCACUCUCCCCCGGUCUGAACCAGCAAGCAGCAGCGAUGAAGAUCAAGUUGAGCUUCAACGGCGACCUCAUCGCCAUCCGGGUGCCGACGGAUAUCCAGUUCCGAGACCUGUACGAGAAGAUCCGAGACAGGCUCAAGAUCCCGGCGGGAGACCCCAUCGACAUUUCCUACAAGGAUGAGAGCACACAGGACAAGCUCCCGAUGAUUAGCAACAACGACCUCGACGUUGCGUUGGAACGCAAUGAGAAGCUACUGAUUUACGUGGAGCAAGUAUGA